GCUUAGACACCGUACACACGUCGUCUCCCUCCCCCCUAUGAGUAUUCAUUGGUAGGGAUAAUUGGACGCCUCGCUUGUUGUACGGAUAGUAGGAUCUUUUUUUCUUUCUCUCUUCGGUUGGCACGGGCUCUGACUGAUUGCCAAUACCUCAAGAGAAUCAAAAGAACAGCAAGCAAAUCAGGUACGUACUUGGCGCUGAGCGGUUCCCAUUGCUUUACCUUGCCUUACCGGGUACCUAUCUACCCAGUAAGGUAUUGUAGGCAGUCUCUUUCUUUACCGUCACCUCGCCUUACGGUCCUUACCUAUCUUACCUUACCUUUACUCCCCGGUCUGGUUGGUCCUUCCUCACCUUGUCUAUGAUGGCAUUGUAAGACUCGAGAGGAAGCAACGGGCGGCAGAGGCACACCUGUCAUUCUACGUUAGCUGGCGGUUAUUAUGUAGUAAUAAUGCCAUUCAUUGGCAGGUCCAACAGCAUUUGCUCUUUCCCAAAACAACGGACUAAUUUCCCUCUUUCCUUUCUUUCCACUCCUUGCCCUUCCAUACCUGCCCUCCCCAUAUCCGUACCUUCCCAUACUUUACCUCCCCUCACCUUAAGGUACCUACCUACCUAGUUUUCACCUUACCUUACUCCGUACCUUACCUUCCAUGCCUUUACCUUUACCCAUCUUACCCAACAUAUUUGUCCGUCAUUCAUCACCAGUCAUCGCUGGGCACCUUCACCUUCACCUUCACCUUCACAGUCACUCGCUGUUUGCAUCUUCCUUCUUACCCUUUGUUGUUUGUCAUCCUUCUACCGCCCUCUUACCGACCACGCGCCCCCAUUUCUUUCAUCUUUUCUUCACCUCCCACACACCCAAACUCAGCACCUUCCCACACCCCCCGGUCCAAACGACUUCACCUUUCCAAGUGGCAAGUACUGGCGCCCUUGACAGCUCCCAGUUCUAUUUUCGACCACCACCAUACCGAUAGACGAGGGGUCCCGCAUCUCUGCAUCUGGGAUCUGGAUCUAAUUCAUUUUCACUCUAUUUCUGCCUGGCAACUUAUCCUAACCGGGACCGAGCAGGUGUCCGUACCAACUAUCCGUACAGGAAAUCCCAAUAGGCAGACGUCGUUGACUUGCCACCUACACAACUCCACCCACAACGGACUUCUCGCUACCACCGCCGCACCUGCCUACGCUGCCUGCCUACCAACGCCAAAGUCCCUUUCAUCUUGACGACUACACACCGAGCGAGGCCCCAUCACCCUUUUUUCUCUUUGCCUUUUGUCGACUCUUCAUCUCACGAUUCCCUUUGUCUCAGAGUCGUCUUCGAGUCUCAUCGCCCGGACCCUCUGCGGCAUACUGCUUUACGGAUCGCCUCCUUGCUGCCGUUGCACAGGACAUCGUAUCCGUCUGCAAGCUCUAGUCAAGAGUUCCACCCCGACUAACUGACUAAUUAUCGACAUCAUCCGUCCUUCGUUUCGCGGAUUACGAAUCGCAUAGGAAAACUCUCUGGAUAGACUACUUCAUUGUGGUCAUUGAGUGGAUAAUACUCCAUUCGACCCUACUCACAUAGAGGUACUGACAUGAUCGAUAUACCACCUUCUUCUUCUUGCGUAAUGCCGUUGAUCCGCAGGGUUGACGUAUCUUGAAAUGCAAUAUCUAAUGCCAUGUUUGAAAUAGGUUCUUCCAGUGGCUGAGUCUCGGGCAUGGGCUGCCCAAACUGAUUCAGUUGGUCAACUUACUCUCAGCAGAGACCUUGAUUAAAACAUCUGCCGAGCGGACGAGAAAGACUUUCAUCCUCGUACAGCAAACUUAAUCUUGUCGUCAUGGCGAGUAUCUCAUCUUCCACUGCGACCAUGUCGCAAAAUGGUCAAUCAGAUCUAGACCAAGAUCGUAAACGCUGGUUUGCAGAGUUCGAAGCGCUCAAAGCCCGCUUCGAGGCUGAAAAGGAGAACGUAAACGCCAAAUUCACCCAACAGCAGCGUGACGCCUGCCACGAUCUUGACGAGGAGGCUCGCUUCGCCGACACGUUAAAUUUGCCACAGAAAGCUCGCGAGCUUCUUCAAAAGUAUCAGCACGAACUCCGAUCCCAUCGAUAUGCCGCCUGUCAGCAAAGGCGUGAUGUUGAGGAAAAGGACCGCGCAAGACGCGAAGCAGACGCUCUUCGAGAACAUCACAUAGGUUUCCCCGUGCCCGGCAACUACUCUAUACGCAACGCCGGGUAUCCCUCAAACGCUAGCAUGCUGGGACGUACGCCAACAAAUCCGUCGGCUCAGAUUGCUGGCGCACGCGUUGGUCCAGCUGGGCGCGGCUCGCCCUCAACCAUGCCGAUGAGCACACCUCCCCAACAGGCACGUCAGCCCUUACCACAAGGCCCCAUGGUGCCAAAUCAGCCUGUUCAGCAGCGGCCGACAAACGGAAUGCCUGCCCACGGCAGCUCGGCCCCGAUGCCGUCUCAACUCGACCACCAGAUCCGCCAGUCACAGCAGAUUAACCAGGGUCACCCGAAUCAAGGACAGGCCUGGAUUCACCAUAAUCAACCUGGCCAGCAGCAGGUGUCGCCUCGAACUUCAGCCUUAUAUCACCCGAAUCGGCCAGUCAACAACCCGGUUGCAAAUGGGCCCCCUCGAGUGCUUCCUUCGCAGCCACAUGUUCCUACGUUGGGUAGCAAUCAUUACGGCCCUCCGAGAGCCGGGUCUGGACAGCCUGUUAAUGGAACUCAGCCCAACCUAGCUGAUCGUAGUAACCGGGUACCUCUGCCGCCCAUGAAUGCUGGACCCAUGGGUUCCCGCGGGGACAGACUACAGGCGGGUGAUGGGAGAAACUUUGCGCAAGGCGCCAUGUUACGAGCUGAAGAUGGGUUGAGACAGUCUGUAGACUCCCACUCUGACCGCCAUAAGAUGGCCAAGAGAAAGUCGGAUGCUAGCGACAUGUCAUCUAGAGAUGCAGAUCCGAAACGCGCAAGAACUGAUACGCCACAGUCAAUAGCUCCCAGGACGAUCACCUUUGCCGAGGUUUACCAGGACGGUAAAGCGGAAUACAAGCACAACAUCGUCAAAUUCGAGGACGUUUUCUAUAUUCUGCGAUGCGACGAGCACGGUGUGCAUUUCAAGCAGAAUGCACUCGCAGCGGCAGCCAAGCACCUCCACGGCGCUUCCCAUGGUCAUCAGAAGAAGGAGCACAAGUUGGCGGUCGAAACCAUCGGAUUCCACGUCGUGGAUUGUACGGAGGAGCUCGCUGCAAUGAACAACGAAUGUGUCCGCCUUGCUUUCGAAAGUGGUUACAAGCCCCUGAACCAGCUGCACGGCCCGAAAUCCGGUGGCAAGCGACAGUCGGCCGCUCACACGAUGGCUCCUGUAAGGGACCCUUCAGUUUCCGAUUCGUCAUUCCAGGCAACCUCCAAUAGCGCGGGAUCUUACCAAACGAAGUUGGAGUCGAGAUCACAGGAGGAGAAGCAGCAACGUGGUGGGGAUCACAUUAUGAAUCCAAUUCCGGGUGAUAUUUACCACGCAAAAUGGCCAAGGAGCAACAAGCUCUACAUUGUUAUGAUACUGGGCUGGACAUCCCUGAAGAUGUGCGGAUGGGAUGGCUGGCUCAGCGACACACAGCUUUGCGACAGGAAAAUCAGGCCUACGUGCUAUACGUACAAUGACGAAGGAAUUGGUGGCUGGGCGCCUGGUUACGGAGAUGGCGAGCCGCGUGAGUUGGAUAGGGAUGUCCCCGUUCUGUGGUUCGAAAAGAAUGGCAACACCAGAUUGGGUUGGCUUGGCGUUAAGUUCAUUCUGAAGCCUUUGCUGCUUGACGACCCUGACCGAUCUACCGAUCCCUUGGACCCGGCCAACAAUGCGAGAAAGAAGUAUGCUGAGAUCCGUGGGUACGACUCGUUCGAGGCCAUGUUGGCCCAUGUGCAGGCAAGUCAAUCACCGGCAGGAGCAGUAGUGGAGUCGACGACAGAGACGGCGACGACGGCGACGAUUCCCGCGAAGCUGCCGUCAUUUGCUUCGGCAUCGGACUCGGACCCUGUACCCGAUGUUGACAUGUACGACUUUGGCGACAAUCCUCCCCCAGCUGACGAUUCGGAUGACGAAGACUACGUGGAACCGAAGCGCCGGAAUGGCCAGGAUUCAGAUGACGACAUGGCGGAUAUCGACGAAGGCCCAACCACGCCUCAGCAGCUUCUCAGACGGAGCACUCAAGAGGUGCGGCCUACGUCGCGGCUGAGCGAGAAUGGUUGGAUGACGGGGAGAUCUGGAGCUGCUGCUGGCACUCGUCUGUCGGCCAAGAAAGAGAAGGCCGUGGUCGAUAGGGAAGAUGUGGCAAUGGACGAUGCUGUCCAAGUAACGCCGUCCAAGGAUCGAGCCGAGAGCAAGGAGAACGCGACACCGAUCGCCGCGAACACCAAUGGAGGACGCGUUACGGUCGCUCUUGGAACUCCCGCGACGCCCCAGCCAGCAUCCGCAGAUAUCGCUGUGAACGGGCCGACUUCAGUUCCCAGUUCCGCUCCUCAACCUGAUGGUAGCGCGUCUGUGAGCACCGUAUCACCAGGCUCGAGCCAGAUAACGGUUGUAUCGGCAACUGAGCGGCCUGCACUUACUGAGAUUGCGGGGAGUAACGCGGCUCAGAGACCAAAUGCUCAGGAUAGCGCGCAUCCGGCGGUAGAGGCUGCAAAGCCCCGGCAAGACAGCGAGAACCAGUCUCAGAUGGACCAAGCAUCAAUGGCAAGCUUGGCUCAGAGCGCGAUGAAGGCUGCUUCCAAGUCGCCAAACCUCAACAAGGAAGUUCCCCGUGUAAGCCCCAAGCUGCAAAUUGCAGACUUGGUCAACGACACAGCCGGCUCUGAAAAUGCAGCCCGUCGGCCUCUACCAUCCAAGCCGUCCCCAGGCGUUGUUGAGCCAGCGCCACUCCGACACCCAUUGCCUCAGAAGCCCAGCCAAGGGGUUCAUCUCGAUCAAAUGACGAGGGCGAGCCAGCAGCCUUCGCCCGCACUUUCGACGAAGAGUAUCAGAGAGGCACCGUCGCCGGCGUUGAACGGCCCGUUUCCUCAGCCUCCGCGGAGCGCUAGCGCGGCCAGCGGCGAGAGCGCUGCUCGCCGACCAGAUCCUCGCAUGAGCAUCGCGAGCAUGAGCAGCAGCAGUGCUCACGAUGACCAGGAGCGAGGGGCGAUCAAGCAGACGGUGGUCAUCAGCACGAGCAACGGCACUGCGUCGGGUAGUAGCACUCCCAAGGUAUUGACGCACGCCAGCUUGGUCAACAGUGAGCAGUGGCGUGCAGUCCGGGCAUCGGAGUCACCUCGGGUUACACCCGCGGCGCUUCAAUCGCCUCUCAUCGACCGAAGUGCAGCGGCGUCUCCUGCUCUAGGAGGCAAGAGAGACGUUGAGAACUUUAUCGACGUGUCAGAGUUCCACCAGGGCAGUCAGCACUGGGUGCAGCCGGGGAAAUUCCUGCGCUUCCACGCCGAGGACGAAUCGAGCAGCAUCAUGCGAAGCAAGCAAGAGGACGGCAUGGAGGCGGUUGUGGAUGCUAGCCUGGUCAAGGCAGCAAAGAUGGCGGGAACGACAGUGCAGUUGGAGCUCAAGACGGAGAAGGGCGAGAAGGUGGAGCAGAAGCUGGUGUUUGAGGCCAACUCGUUGACGGGCAGCCAACGCGGAGCAAAGCUACAAGCGACCAAGUUCUACAAAUGGCUUUCAGGAAAGAAUCCAGACAUGCAGCACCUGUAUUGAUAUGGGAUGCUACUGCGGUUGAGGAAUCCAAGGGCGGUCGGUGUUGCGUAUGAAUGACUAAACGGCGUCAUGGGGUUCGGGCUCUUUUCUGCUCUUUUUUUUUUUUUUCUGUCUUCGUGUCUCUCUUUUUUUUCUUUGCCCGUGAACAGCAAUACGGGCUCGGUCAUCGGCUGUUAGACUGGCUUUCGCAAGAGAUAUGAGAUAUCCCGAGACGGAAAGCAAUGCUGCUUACUCGCUCGGUAUAGUGAUUUAGGAGUUUGGGGACAAGGAAAACGUUGGGGAUUGUUAGUUAUGGGAGAGCUUUCCGCUGGUAUUGAGACGUAGUUGUGUUGUUAGUUGAGCGGUA